AUGAAAGAAAACCGAAAAAAGCUGAACUUUUUCUUCACUCUUUCACUGUCUUUUCCAUAUUGCUUCUCUUCUACUCCAAAUUCCUUUAUCUCCUAACCCCCUCCCCCCAAAUCUCCCACUCCAUCCCUUCAAAAUUACAGUUAUGCCAUCAUCUCCCAAAUCCUUCAAUGCGCGCACUUCGCCGCCGGCCACUCGUCCAACCAGAUCAACGCGCCUGAUCUUCUCCGCCCUCCUCACCUUCGCCAUCGCCUCUUUCCUCUUCGCACUCUCCUCUUUCCUUUCCUCCGGUGGUUCCGGUUACCGUUGUAAGAGCUCCGACCCAAGAUCUGUCCGUGUUCUUUGGGAUAGAACCGGGAAUGUGAAUAACGGUGGUGCUAGUGGAGAUGAUGAUAAUGGGACGAACAGGCACAAAGUUAUGGGCUUUGUUGGGAUCCAAACUGGGUUCGGUUCGGCCGGUCGGAGACGGUCCUUGAGGAAGACUUGGAUGCCUUCAGAUCGCCAAGGCCUUCAACGGUUGGAAGAAGCAACAGGAUUAGCUUUUAGGUUUGUUAUUGGUAGAACAAAUGAUAAGUCAAAGAUGGCAGAGCUGAAAAAGGAAGUUGCAGAAUAUGAUGAUUUCAUUUUGUUAGAUAUUGAGGAGGAGUAUAGUAAGCUCCCAUACAAAACGUUAGCAUUCUUUAAAGCUGCGUACACACUCUAUGAUUCCGAGUUUUACGUCAAAGCUGAUGAUGAUAUAUAUUUGAGGCCAGAUAGGCUAUCACUUCUAUUAGCAAAAGAACGUUCCCACUCUCAGACUUACCUUGGAUGCAUGAAAAAGGGUCCGGUAUUUACAGAUCCUAAGCUGAAAUGGUAUGAGCCACUAUCCUAUCUACUAGGCAAGGAGUACUUUCUUCAUGCCUAUGGUCCUAUAUAUGCACUUUCAGCUGAUGUUGUUGCAAGUUUGGUUGCUCUAAGAAACAACAGUUUUCGGAUGUUUAGUAACGAGGAUGUUACAAUUGGUGCAUGGAUGCUUGCAAUGAAUGUCAACCAUGAGGAUAAUCGAGCACUGUGUGAGCCAGAGUGUACUCCUACAUCUAUUGCUGUCUGGGAUAUCCCCAAAUGCUCAGGGCUAUGCAAUCCUGAGACAAAGCUAUUGGAACUUCAUCAGAAAGACACCUGCUUCAAUAGUCCAACUUUACCAUCAGACGAUGAUUAGCUUGAUUGGCCUAAACACAAAUUCUUUUGAACAUGGAAAUGUGUUUUGGAGAAUUGUUUGCUCUGUAAAGUUGAUCUUGCUGCCAUCAGACACAUCUAAACUUCUCUCCUCGUUCAAUCAUCAUAAGCCAUUUUUGUCUCCCACAAUCUUUUUGUGUGUAACAUAGAAGUCUGUUUCUGUAUUUUACCGACGAUGUAACUACUAAGUUGCCAAGAUAUUUUUACAUUACCAUUCUUUUUACCAUUUUUAAAGAGUAAAAUGAAAAACCAUUUCAUUUGGUUCCAUUGCCUAUUGCUAAGUGUACUCUGCUAGGAAUUGUGAUCUUGAAAUUACCCAUUGACAUCAAACAUUGGUCCUCAAAGUUUGCUAUUCUUAAUGUGUCUUUUGCAGUCUAUAUAUAUAUUUUUUCUGCU